AUGAACGGCGAAGACCCCCAAGAGCGGCCAGACUACAUCCGCGCCGUCAUUAACGGACUCGAGCGAUACAACCCCGAAGCCGCCGGCACCCUCGAGGCUUACCUGCAACUGCAAUGUGAGGAGAAGUUCUGCGACUGCAACGCCAACCGGGCGUUGCUCAAGCUUUACCAGCUCAACCCAGACCGGAUCAAGGUCGAGGCCGUCACCAACAUCCUCGUCAAGGCCAUGACGCAGUUCCCGUCGCCACAGUUCGACCUGGCCAUGCACCUGCUGGCGCCGGCGACGUCGCUCCCGAACGCGAACUCUGCGUCGGAGCUCGCCGAGGCCGUGGCCAAGCUGCGCGCGCUCAACGCCCAGCUCGAGGGCGCCCAGUACUCCCUGUUCUGGGCCACGCUGGCCAACGACAGCGACGACAUCUACGCCGACCUGACGACAGACAUUGCCGGGUUCGAGGACCUGAUACGCCUGCGCAUUGCCCAGCUGAUCAGCCAGGCAUUCCGCGAGGUGCAGGUGAGCGUGCUGGAGAAUUGGCUGGGCCUGGACGACGAGGAGGAAGUCAAGAAGUUUGCCGUCGAGGCGUGCGGCUGGAAGGUUGGCGAGGACGACCUAGUGCAGAUCCCCAAAAACGCCGAGAAUGAGGCCAAGAAGAGCGAGAUCCGGGAGGAUGUCACAAUCGAUAUGUUCUCGCGGGUUAUCAAGAAGGCGUGGGAGGAGACGGCUUAG